AUGGAAUCAAUGUAUUCCAAUCCUAUCUGGACUCUAGAAGAACCACUUGAAGAUGUCAGGCACAUUGAUUGUAAAUGGAUAUUCAAGAAGAAAGGAGAAGUGGAUGGGAAGGUAGAGACUUUCAAAGCAAGGCUUGUAGCCAAAGGCUAUGCCCAACAGGAAGGGGUUGAUUAUGAAGAAACCUUCUCUCCUAUAGCCAUUCUAAAGUCUAUUCGCAUACUCUUGCCCAUUGUUGCAUGCAUGGAUUAUGAGAUAUGGAAAACAGAUGUUAAGAUUGCUUUUCUGAUGGCUAUCUUGACGAAACUAUUUAUAUGUCUCAACCAGGUAGUGACCUGUACCCCACUUGAUACACUGAUUCUUAUUUUCAAUCAGACAGAGAUAGUCGAAAAUUGA